UGCGUUGUUUAAAAUGCAGGAAUAUAUAAUCCGUGUUCAGAGAGGAGUUUCAGCAGAAAACAGUUGGCAGAUUGUGAGGCGAUACAGUGACUUUGACUUGCUUAAUAAUAGCUUGCAGAUCUCAACUCUAAGUCUACCUCUUCCUCCAAAAAAAUUGAUUGGAAAUAUGGAACGUGAAUUCAUAGCUGAAAGACAGAAGGGACUCCAGGCCUAUCUUGAUGUAAUUACUACCCAUCACAUACUGUCUAACUGUGAACUGGUAAAAAAAUUCUUGGACCCAAACAGCUAUUCUGUAAACUACACUGAAAUUGCCUUACAGCAUGUUUCAAUGUUCUUCCGAUCAGAACCAAAGUGGGAAGUGGUAGAACCAUUAAAAGAUAUAGGUUGGCGUAUACGUAAGAAAUAUUUCUUAAUGAAGAUUAAGAAUCAACCAAAGGAACGGCUAAUGUUAAGCUGGGCUGAUCUUGGCCCUGAUAAAUACUUGUCUGACAAAGACUUACAGUAUGCUGUGAAACUUCUUUCUUCCUGUUCUCAUCCCUAUAUUUACAAAAUCACUUUUGCCACUGCCAAUGAAUCUUCAGCACUGGUUAUUAGACCAUUCAGUGAAAAAGGGACACUAAAAGACCUUAUUUAUAAGGUAAGAUCUGCCCCCCCCCCCCCCUGCAAGUUACUGGAUCUAGAAAAUUCCUUGUUGGGACUUCCAUCAUUUUAUCGAUCAUACUUUUCACAGUUUCGGAAAAUUAAUACUUUAGAAGGUGUUGAUGUACAUUGCUUUGGACACUUACUGUAUGAAAUGACAUAUGGAAGACCCCCAGAUACGAUUCCAGUAGACAGUUUCCCUCCUGCACCAUCAGUGUUUGUUGUGUCUGUGUUGGAAUCCAUUCUGACCUGUGAAGCUAUGAAGAAUGGCAUGCCAACUGUUUCACGGCUCUUACAGAUGCCAUUAUUCAGUGACGUCCUGCUAACAAACUCCGAGAAACCACAGUUUAAGAUUCCUACAAAGCUAAAAGAGGCAUUGAAAACCUCCAAGGAAUGCACGGAAAAGCGAUUAACAGAAGAACAGAAAUUGAUUCACCAGCACAGAAGGCUGACAAGAGCUCAAUCUCAUCAUGGCUCUGAAGAAGAAAAAAAGAAAAGGAAGAUCUUAGCACGAAAAAAGUCAAAGCGCUCUGCCUAUGAAAGUGGGGAAGAACACUCAGCAAAAUACAGCAACUCAAAUAACUCAGCAGGCUCUGGGGCGAGUUCCCCAUUAACAUCUCCAUCAUCCCCCACUCCGCCCUCUACAGCAGGCAUCAAGUUUACAGCAUCUGAUUUACUUCCUAUUCCUUUUAACACACUCUUUUAACAAAACUGUCCCUGUAAAAAACCCUUGGACUUGAGUAUUUCUUCUGGAAGGGAGGAAAGUGAAGAUGAGCCCAAUAUGUACUUCCAUGUUUUGUUGUCACAGAAGGUUUUCAUGCCAAUGAGAAUUUCUCCUGAAGAUUUGGAAGUGCUACACUCACAGCACGUAUUAACGUACACUGGCAAGGUCGGAGGCUUUGUGUGAACACUCGGCAUUUUGAGCUUGCUCCCGUGUGGGAAAAGCCUCUCUUCAAACACUGGUACAAAUAGAAAACGAGGAAGCUUUGAGUUACAACUCCCAUCUAGUGUAACUGCUUUUUUUAAUUAGAGCAGUUAAGUUUUUACUAUUACUUGUUAGUCUGAGAGCAACUGUUAGUGAGCAACGGAGCACAGAUAGAUAACUUUGCCUGCAUUUUUUUUUUUUUCCCCAGUAGCCGAGCUUUAUCCUUCAUUGAAUCCUUCUUGAGUCUGUGUGGCAUCAUGUCCUUCACCUGUUUGGUAUUUUCUUUACUUCAUAGCAAGCAGUGCCAUGUCAGUAACCACAGUCUCUUGGCUGGCCUCAUGUUGUUGUGCUUUGUUGUCCUUUAGUAUCACAGUUCCUGUCACUUAUGUUCCCCUUAGUAGGUUAGGCUACUGGAAGCAAGUCUUUAUAGAUGCUAUUUGUCUCUCUAGUCUUACUACGGAAUAACUCAUGAUCUAGAUGAUAGAGUUCAAAUUGACUGUUGAAUAGUUCCAAGAUACUCAUUACUAUUCCCCUGCUUAUUCCAGAACCUGUGAGACAAGAGAGGCCCAUCGUUCCCCAUAUAGCUGGUGAGGGGCUGCAAAUGCCACCUUCCCGUGGAUGUCUUGUGGAAGGGCAAAUGGUCACCUCUGAAGCCCUUUACUCUUACUCUUGCCUGGAUCUUUGCUUGUACUCGUGUAGAAAUGAUGCUGCAGUGGGCAGCAGCACAAGAUCAGGGUGUCUGGGAGAGCUGCCUGGGGCAAACAGGGCUCCCAGCUGCCGGGAAGCAGCUCCACACAGGUCCCUGCUGCGGGCUCUGCCUUCCCCGGGGGCAGGAGCUGGAGGCUGAGCCACGAUGAGAAGCACGAGAUGGGCGUGACUGGGGUAGAAAGCAAGGGCCAGAGCGCAGAGGUGACUGGGGGGAACACGAGGGGCAGAUUGCUGUGAUUCAUUCAGCCUGUGAAACAAGCAUUUGUUACGAUGUGUUUGGAGAAAGUCUGACAGUACUGUGAAGUGUAAAACAUUUCCAGAACACUCUAUCUGCAGUUAAACUUUAAAAAUGGAGGAAAAUCUGACCAAGCAGUCAUCACAAAUUCUCCAGGGAUGCAGUCCUCUGUAAGAAUGUAAAGUUAGUCAUAAAAUAAAACCAAGUACUAAGAUUGGCUUCCAGUCUUUGUUACUGUUCAUGACCAAAGACCAAGUUGCUUCAGUGGAGAUAAACAAGAGAGGCUGAAGCUGGGAAGUCCUGUUAAGGGAUCUCCAUUUCCCUCAGUGCAAGAUCAUGCACGAGUCACGUUUUGCAUCCCCGAGCACUGAGGCGCUUCAUUUCAGAGGUGUCUCAGAUGACACAACUCACCUGCAGAUAGAGGGAUUUGAUCACUUUGGCAUUUUUCAUCUGUUUUGUUCUUCACACUCCACUGGCAUUCAAGGAAUGACGUGACUAGUGCAGGACUGACCAAGUCCAGCUAAGCAGCCGCAGUCCUCUGCGGCAGGACCUCCUUGGCAUAAUCAAACUCCAUCUUCUCUCCUCAACUCAACAGGAGCAUCGUCGAUACCCCCAGCACCGCCACCGCCACCCCUGCCACCAGCAGCUCCUCCUCCGAGUACAGAGGUGCCAACGCAGCCGAGCCCGCAGCCCGAUGUCAGCGCAAGCCGAGGAGCCUUACUCAGCUCCAUUCAAAACUUUCAGAAAGGAACGCUGAAGAAAACACAGACCUGCGACUACAGC